GCUUCCCGUUCCGGGAUCCAGCUUGUCGGAGAGCUUUGCGGAGCGGGCGAGGGCUCUGGGCCCGUUUGUGGGGUCUAGGGGUCGCCUGAGGCUCCCGCUGCAGCCAUGGCGGCCUCCACCGCGGCCGGGAAGCAGAGGAUCCCCAAAGUGGCCAAGGUGAAAAACAAAGCCCCAGCUGAGGUGCAGAUAACUGCGGAGCAACUGCUAAGAGAAGCUAAGGAAAGAGAACUUGAGCUUCUUCCACCUCCCCCUCAACAGAAGAUCACAGAUGAAGAAGAGUUAAAUGAUUACAAACUAAGGAAGAGGAAGACUUUUGAAGAUAACAUAAGAAAAAACAGGACCGUGAUUAGUAACUGGAUAAAAUAUGCACAAUGGGAAGAGAGUCUAAAGGAGAUUCAAAGGGCUCGAUCUAUAUACGAACGUGCUUUGGAUGUGGACUAUCGAAAUAUUACACUCUGGCUGAAAUAUGCAGAAAUGGAAAUGAAGAACCGCCAGGUCAACCAUGCCCGAAAUAUCUGGGACCGGGCCAUAACGACUCUGCCUCGCGUCAACCAGUUCUGGUACAAGUACACGUACAUGGAGGAGAUGCUGGGGAACAUGGCGGGUGCCCGGCAGGUGUUCGAGCGCUGGAUGGAGUGGCAGCCAGAGGAGCAGGCCUGGCACUCCUACAUCAACUUCGAGCUGAGAUACAAAGAGGUGGAUCGGGCCCGCACCAUUUAUGAGCGCUUUGUUCUUGUGCACCCUGAUGUGAAGAACUGGAUCAAGUACGCCCGCUUUGAAGAAAAGCAUGGUUACUUUGCCCAUGCGCGGAAGGUGUAUGAGAGAGCUGUCGAAUUCUUUGGGGAUGAACAUAUGGAUGAACACCUUUAUGUUGCCUUUGCCAAAUUUGAGGAAAAUCAGAAAGAAUUUGAGAGGGUACGAGUGAUCUAUAAGUACGCCCUGGAUCGAAUUUCAAAGCAGGAAGCCCAGGAGCUCUUUAAAAAUUACACCGUCUUUGAGAAGAAGUUUGGUGACAGGCGGGGCAUUGAAGACAUCAUCGUGAGCAAACGGAGGUUCCAGUACGAGGAGGAGGUGAAGGCUAACCCGCACAACUACGACGCAUGGUUCGAUUACUUGCGCUUGGUGGAAAGCGACGCAGAGGCAGAGACGGUGCGGGAAGUCUACGAGCGAGCCAUUGCCAACGUGCCGCCCGUGCAGGAGAAGAGGCACUGGAAGCGCUACAUCUACCUGUGGAUCAACUACGCCCUCUACGAGGAGCUGGAGGCGAAGGAUCCCGAGAGGACAAGACAAGUUUACCAAGCCUCUUUGGAACUCAUUCCUCAUAAAAAGUUCACAUUUGCCAAAAUGUGGUUACUGUAUGCACAGUUUGAAAUAAGGCAGAAAAAUUUACCAUUUGCCAGAAGAGCUUUGGGAACUUCCAUAGGCAAGUGUCCAAAGAACAAGUUAUUUAAAGGUUACAUAGAACUGGAGCUACAGCUUCGAGAAUUUGACAGAUGCCGGAAGCUUUAUGAAAAGUUCCUGGAAUUUGGGCCUGAAAAUUGUACCUCUUGGAUUAAAUUUGCAGAAUUAGAGACAAUCCUUGGUGAUAUCGAGAGAGCCCGGGCCAUCUACGAGUUAGCCAUCAGUCAGCCACGCUUGGACAUGCCGGAGGUGCUUUGGAAAUCAUAUAUUGAUUUUGAAAUUGAGCAGGAAGAAACUGAAAGAACACGAAAUCUUUACCGACGAUUGCUUCAACGGACACAACAUGUCAAGGUAUGGAUCAGUUUUGCACAGUUUGAGUUGUCCUCAGGGAAGGAAGGAAGUUUGGCUAAAUGCAGACAAAUUUAUGAAGAGGCUAACAAAACCAUGCGAAACUGUGAAGAAAAGGAAGAGAGACUUAUGCUGCUGGAAUCUUGGCGAAGCUUUGAAGAUGAAUUUGGAACAGUAUCAGAUAAGGAGAGAGUAGACAAACUCAUGCCAGAGAAAGUCAAGAAGAGAAGAAAGGUCCAAGCUGAUGAUGGGUCGGAUGCAGGCUGGGAAGAAUACUACGAUUACAUCUUUCCGGAAGAUGCUGCCAACCAGCCCAACCUCAAGCUCCUGGCCAUGGCCAAACUGUGGAAGAAACAGCAGCAGGAGAAGGAGCCUGGCGAGCAAGACCCAGAUGCGGACGUUGCCGAGCAGGAAUCCGGGCCUUCCUCUUCCUGUUGAGAGACGUUUUAUUAUUUUUGUAGAUUUAUAGUUUGGAACUCUUGCAACUCCUGUAAGUUUUUGGAUAUUUCACCAGUGGUGAAUUGAUGGGAAUCUUUGGCAGCUACUUUUGAAUUAUUUUUAAAAGGUUCUUGGGUUAGUUAGGGGUGGGUUGCAAGUAAAGGAAUUUUUUUAACUGUUGGAUUUCUUUGUCUGAGUCUCAACAUUUUGUGUUGUCCUAAUGCAUCAUGCAUUAGGAAAUCUCAUUAAGGUAACACUUAGCGUGUCUUUUAGAUGGAACUGCAAAAUUUUGGAAGAGUCUUUUUUUAGAAGUUCUCAGUUACAUUUCACAGUAACUUUUCAGGUGAAGUUUUCUCAUGCUUGCCUUCUUCCUAAAGAUGUUUUAUGCAUUCAUCUGAAUCCUGUAACUUAUUUACAUCUUAAGAGUCACACUGACUUGAGUUCCAUUCCCAGCUCUGCCACUUGGUGAUACAUAACUUAACCUUUAUUUUCAGUUUCUUCACUCAUAAAAUGGGCUUUUGCCAGCUCAUUUUGAAGAUUAAAUUAGAAAGGGAGUAUUCCUGGCACAGAGUAAGUGCUCAAUAAAAUGUUCAUUCCUGGCCACUUUCUUAAAUAUGUUCAUUUCUUGUGGAAUUGAAUGUGCUUAGAUUAAUUUAACUUCUAAAUAGCUGUACCUUCUUAAUGGCCAUUUAUACUAAGUGUUUUUGAAAACACGAGUUAGAAAAUAAUUUAGUUACUGUAUUUCUGAACAAGGUCUUUUACCAAAAACAUUUUAGUUGAAUUUCACUUAUGCUGUAAUCAGUCUCCCAAACUGGUUGAGCUCUGCAGUGGCUUGUUUAAAGAAUAGUAAUGUUAAGAGCUGUGAAAAACAAUGUCCCAUGCUCCAGUGAGUUUGGGAAGCCUUGUUGACAAAUCUCUUUAUCGUUAGGCUUCUCAGGGCCCUUGAUAACACUCCUAUACAUUAUGAAUCCCCAGGUGCAUUGCUGGCUGUGUUUCCCAAACUUAAUGGACAAGGGAAUCAUCUCUACCUAGAACACCAAUAAAUGUUGCCCAGCGUGCUGCAGUAGACUGUCUACCUGUAAAACCUGACACGUUCAACUUAGCCUCGAUUUAGAACGUGAAAAACAGCUGAGGCAACUAUAUGCUAAGUCAUGAAACAAAGCAGCACAAGAUGAUAAUGUGCUGGCUGAUAUGCUUAUAUUCUCAGGCAAAAAAUACUUGCCUUAAUUAACUCAUCUGAGAGGUUGUUUCCUUUAAUCCAGCCUAUAUUUCUCAAGCCUAUUUUUUUUUGUUCACUGCGCAAGCUGUUUGACUAGAACCAUCUCUUUGUGUUUUUUCACCUAUAAGGCCAAUUAGCAAAUUUAUUGUUUGCAAAUUUAUUAUUACAUUUUCAAGUGUAUUAUUCAUCCAAGGGAAUAAAAGCUAAUCAAUAUAGUGUUAAAUUGUAUCUUGAAAAUCGUUUGGGGGCAGAAGGAAACAGGACUAGCAGGUGAAAGCAACCUACUCUUAGCCUCGCUGCUUCAGUCACCCGACCAGCGUCGGCUGCUGGGAUCAUAGGCUCUGACUAUUGAGUUCCAGGGUCUGUCCAGUCAGCGAAGAGGGGCACUGUGCUCUGAGUUGGCUAAGUGCACAGGGCCGUGGGGUGAGAUGAGAACAGGCCACAUGCUACUCUAAGUGACUAAUCAUGAUCAUGUUCUGUUUGUGUCGCAUGUGUGUGUAAGGAAAAAAAAUAGCAGUCAAGUUCUCAUGUAAACUCCUAAGGCCACUUUCGGGCAGGUAACGUGCCAGUGUGAAAUGCAUGAAAGAAAAAAUUACUCUCCUGGGAGAACCUCACUUCUCUCUCACCCUCAACUCCACCAAAAUAAGUCUUUUCAAAAGUAACAGGAUUUUAAUAAUCAUUUCUGUGAUUUCGUUUUCUUUAGCUACUUUUACUCACUGGAUAUUUUCAGAUAUUGCAUGCGAUGAAAACUACACAAGAAAAUAUGUGGUUAGCCUGUGAUCUAAUUACAUGGCCUUCCUUUGGGAAUUAGGUUCUUUUUCCCCUUUAUUUUAGCAUCUUUUUGUAUUUUGAAAGGCAGGAUUUAAGCAAAGCCCUGUGAGACUAGACAAAGAAACGACCUGAGACCGGCAGUAUGGAAACAAGUAUCUGGGAAGAACUUUGCAAUAUGAAGGACGCUUAAGUGUGCUGGGCAGGGACUGUCCAAGUAAGCAUUUAAACAAUGCUUUGUAUAUAAAUGAAAAAUGUAAGGGAAACAACAUAUACCCUAAAUGAUGACCUUCUCCAAUCCUGAUAACCUGAGGUUUAUAAAUGACCAACAAACUUCCAGAAAAUACUCAGAGUCAACAGUGCAUUUUAUUAUACAUCUUAGAUUUACACUUUUCAUAUAUGCUUUUAAAGCUUCAAUUAACAGUUCAAUACAAAAUAAAAACUAUAUAUGCCGCAGUGGUUCUCAGGCACAGAAUUUAGGAGGAGAUUGGAGCAAGCUUUUUCCCCAGCAUACCAUGAAUAUUACAUUAUGAACCGUAACAGUGGAAUGUUUCCUUUUGACCUAGCUGCCUUUUUUGGCUGAAUUUUAUUACAGUGGACAGCUUUAGAAGGUAUAAUAUU